AUGACGACGGGGCUUCUUGCCGCAUCGCGCAUACCGAAUGCACCAAAAGGGAGGCCAUCGGCCAUCUACUCUAGCGCAAGUCGUGGGUUUUUGAAUUUCAGUCGUGAGUGUCAUGACGCUCGCUUCCUCCGGCGGCUAGCGCACCGCGGAGUCUUGAGUCCAGCCAAUUCACAGUGGUACUGUACUACAGCUGCGACCGCAGUCUCUUCAUUAUUCACCGCAAAAGUGAAAGGGUUUUUCUUGGAACUUGCGCAAGCGGGUUUGUGUUCCCAAAAUGGAUCUGUUCUGUUCAAUUGGGCUCGAGGAUGCGCGCGGCGCGGCACAUGA